GUUGAUAAGGGUCCAACCAUCUUUCCCAUUCUCAUCUUCUACGAUGAACAUCAAUACAAACAUCAAUGAUCAAAUUCCACUUAAGACUCUGGUAAGACCAUGUUGUUGUUUUCUGAUUCAUUGUUAAAAUUCAAUCUUUUUCAUGUUUUCACUCAUACUACAACACUUCACUCUACUGUAACUGUUCAUUGCCGCAAUCAUCUUUCUGAUUUCUCUGUUUCUGUUUCCAACACAAAUCAUCAUAAAGAUCACUCUUUUACGUUAUCAAGUAUCAUUAACUCAUCUGGGUUGUCCCCUGAAACAGCUCUUAAACUCUCAAAAAGAUUGAAACUCAAAAAAUCUGAUGAUGGCCCAAAUGCUGUAAUUCAACUUCUCAGAAACUAUGGUUUCUCUGAUUCCCAAUUAUCAACCCUUGUUAAGAAACACCCUUUUGUGCUUUUAUCAAAACCUGAAAAGACCCUUUUGCCUAAACUCAACUUUUUGCAAUCCAUUGGGGUUUCAACCACUGAUCUCCCCAAUGUCCUAAUUGGUAACAUUUCCUUUUUUACAACAAGUUUGGAGAAAAACAUUAUACCUCGUUAUCACCUUAUUAGGAGCAUUGUUCGCGAUGACAAAGAGGUAGUUUCAGUUUUUAAGCGUGGGACAUGGAACUUGGGCGGUGAUUCCAUGGUUCCAAACAUUGAGGUGUUGAAGAAGCUUGGUGUGCCUCAAACUUCCAUUUCCCAUUUGGUAUGCAAUUAUUCCGCUGUAGCAUUCAUCGAUCAUUCUAUAUUUGUUGAGGCUGUUAAUUCAGUCAAGGUAAUGGGGUUCGAUCCUUCAAAAUUGAAUUUUGUUUUGGCACUUCAAGUAUUUGUUAAGAUAAAGAAAGAAAUUUGGGAAUCAAAAUUCAAGAUUUUUGAGAGGUUGGGUUGGUCGAAAGAUAUUUGUGUUUUGGCUUUCCAAAGAUAUCCUCCGUAUAUAUUGAUCUCAGAAAAAAAGAUUGUGAAAACAAUGAACUUCUUGGUGAAGGAUAUGGGUCUUUCCCCAGAAGACAUCGCUAGAAGCCCUAAUAUUCUGAACCGCAAUUUGGAGAGCACAAUAAUGCCUAGAUGUGCAGUUGUUAAGAUUUUGAAGUCAAGGGGUUUGAUAAAGAGUGAUAUGCUCAUAGGUACCUUUAUUAAAAUAAGUGAGAAAACAUUUUUCGAGAGAUAUGUUAUCCCAUUUCAGAAUGAUUUGCCGCUAGUAUUGGCUGUAUAUGAAGGUCAGGUGUUAGAUUGAUCAUCUGGACAUGAUCUUUACUUUGAAUUUAUUGAUUAGCUGUACUUGAUUGCAGAAUUUGACAUAUCAUUUUUGUGAGUUACUUGUUACACCACUCACUUGCUAUGUUGAAUUCUACACCUCUGUUUUGUUUUGUUUCAUUUGGAUUUGGACUUACCUAGAUAUUCAAUUGUUAUCAUCUUCUUACUCAUUGAUAAACAAAGGCCCUUUCAUCAGUUAGAUUGUCGUCUUUUGAAUUGGAUUAGUUAAUUUGUAGCAGAGCUGUUUUUUUUUUUCUUCCAAGUUCUAAUUAUGAUAUAUAUGGAGCUUGAUGAUCUUUCGGAAUCUAGUUAAACUUUUACAUCAGCUA